CACUGCUGUUCCCUUUCUCCAGUCCGCCCUGCAGUGACGCUGAUACAGAGGAAAGCGCGUGAAUCUGCAGGAACGGACGUCAUUUGCCACGUGACGGGGUUCUACCCCCGAGAGGUUGAGGUGAACUGGGUCAGAGACGGGGAGGCUGUGCUGGAGGAGGGGGUGUGGAGUGGAGAGGUGCUGCCCAACGGGGACACAACCUACCAGCUGAGAAAGAUCCUGACAGUGAGUCCUGAGAACCAGAAGAAACACAGCUACUCCUGCCAGGUGCACCACGCCAGCCUGGAUGAGAAGAUGGAUGUGAAAUGGGCUCCAGAGGCUGCUCUGAACGUGGGGUUUGUUGCUGGUGGUGUGCUGGCUGCUCUGGGUCUGAUCAUCGCAGUGAUCAUAGGAGUUCACAUCUGGAUGAAAAGAGCAUCAGGUGCCAGGAGCCCUGACUACACAGCAGCGCGGACAAAGGAACAAAGUGAUGCUUCAUCCAGCUCCACCAGCGACGACAGGUGUGACCCUGUUGCAGAGAAGCUGAUGACGCAGAGAGAAUAAAUGACUGGGCUUCAUCUUUUACACUUCAUUGUACCUGAUAUUACCACACAGAGCGAUCACACAAACCAGUAGACGACAAUGUCCUUGUGACAGGGCGAGGAGCCCUGUACAGGAUUGUUUGCUUAUU